CCAGCCAAUUGGCAUGGUAAUUGGACGGAGCGCUCGGCCACCGGUGGGAGACGACCCCGAGAGCAGGCGACAUGUGGACCGAGUCCGUGUGCGGAGCGGUCAAUCCGGACAUUGACAGCGAGCGGAAAGCCGCCUCGUUCGACGUGGAGAAGCUGGUGAACUUUCUGGAUGGCGGCGCCGAGCGGACGCGCAUUCGGAGGUCUGUGGAGAGAAUCAUUAAUAAUGAUCCUGUUUUCAGUCAAGAAAAUCAGUAUUUCUUGACACCAACUGAGCGAUAUGAGGCUGCUGUAAAAGCAUCUGUACACCUGCAUCGAAAGAUUAAAGAAUUAGGCUGGACAGAUGAUGGGCCAGAAAUCCAGUUUGCUUUUAGGACGAUAGGAAACAAUCUGGCUUUUAGAACCCACAGUGGUGUGUUUAUGCCAACCAUUAUUGGACUGGGGACUGAUGCACAGAUCGCUAAGUGGAUUCCGCUUGCUAAGAAUUACCAGAUUAUUGGAACUUAUGCUCAAACAGAGUUAGGACAUGGCACAAAUCUUCGGGGUCUAGAAACAACAGCGACCUUUGACACUUCCCGCCAGGAUUUUCUGCUGAACACACCCAAAAUAUCCUCAAUAAAGUGGUGGCCUGGUGACUUGGGUAGGUCAGCAACUCAUGCCGUGGUCCUGGCUCAGCUGUAUACCAAGGGAGUGUGCCAUGGAAUGCAUGCCUUCAUCGUACAGAUACGCAGCCUUGUAGAUCAUUCCACUUUGCCAGGUAUCAAAGUUGGAGAUAUUGGUCCAAAACUGGCCUUUGAACAGGUUGACAAUGGAUAUUUGAUAAUCCAAAAUGUUCAUGUUCCCAGGGAAAAUAUGCUAAGCAGAUAUAGUUGGGUAACUUCAGAUGGCAGUUAUAUUAAACAAGGAUCUGACAGAAUCAAUUACAUCAGUAUGGUGUUUACUCGAAUACAAAUACUAUCUAAAGAAGUGGUACCUGCUCUUACUAAAGCCUGCAUUAUCGCUAUUCGAUAUUCUGUGGUGAGACGUCAGUCAGAAUUAAAGCCUGGUGAAAAAGAUGUUAAAAUUCUAGACCACCAGACCCAACAACAGAAACUUCUUCCCCAGCUUGCGGCAACUUUUGCCUUCCAUUUCAUGUGUUUGUCUAUUGAAGCCUUUGGCAACCAAGUGAACUUACAGAUCAAAACCAAGAGAAAUCUCUCAUCUCUACCUGAGUUGCAUGCCUUGUCUGCAGGCCUGAAAGCUCUGAUGUCAGAGGCCUGUAGUACUGGAGUUGAAAUAUGUCGCAGAGCUUGUGGUGGCCAUGGAUAUUCCAUGCUUAGUGGUUUACCCUCACUGUAUGGUUGGGUGGUGGCCUCCUGUACAUAUGAAGGAGAAAACACUGUAAUGCUUCUACAGACUGCACGGUUUCUAAUGAAGUACCUUGCUAGAGAAUAUCAUGGUGAACCUUUACCCGACUCUGUCUCUUACCUGUCUGAACCUUUCUCUCUGCAUUGUUCUGCAAAGGAGAAAACUGAUUUCUUCAAGCCAUUCCUAUACACAGAAGCCUACAAGCACAGAGCACAAAGGCUGAUUAAGGAUUCUGGGGACAAACUGCAGUCUCUUCUUCAGUCUGGAAUUGAGCAGUAUAUUGCCUGGAAUAUCACUUCUGUGCAGCUUGCAAGGACUGCAGUUGCUCACUGUCAUUUUGUAGUUGUGAAGAACUUUGUCGACGCAGUGGAGAGAUUGAAGCUGGAGCCUGAAAUCCAGCAAGUGAUCAAGCGGUUAUGUGAUCUUUAUGCAUUGACUGGCAUUCUGGCCAAUGCUGGGGAUUUCCUAUGUGAUGGUUAUAUAACUGGAAAACAACUAGAUUUAUUGAGUUCUUCUCAAUUGGAUCUUCUUGCUCUUCUCCGGAAAGAUGCUGUCUCAAUAGUGGAUGCAUUUGAUUACCCUGACCAACAACUGAAUUCUGCCAUUGGUGGUUAUGAUGGUUAUGCUUAUCAACGCCUCUUUGAAUGGGCUCAGAAAGCCCCAUCAAACACAAAGGUGAAUCUUGCAUAUGAGAAAUACCUGAAGCCUCACUUUCAGGCAGCACAGGCCAAGUUGUAAUGCAUUUAUUUGAAUGUGUACUUACAUACAUUUCACCUAUUAAAACUUUUAACAGCAUAGAUAUUAGAUACAAGUUAAUCAUUUUAAAUAUUAACAGGCAUAGUAGUGUAUUGACUGAAAUUUAAUUCAAUUGACAAUUUCCAGGAUGCUUAA